ACUAACGCUUCUCUGAUCGCUUCGCCACCAAUCAGAUUUAUUACUAUUUUUAGUCUUUCAUUUUGUGCGAUGUUCUGAAGAACCUUGAGUCUACUUUCUGAUCCUGCACGGUUGUUUGGCUCUCCCUGGCUCCCCAACAAUAUUAUCACGAUGGCUGCUUCCAUCUACUGGUUCAAAUUGGCAUCUCUGUUCAUGUGUUACUCUGAAAUGCGACUCGCUGCACAUGUUCGGAUGUCAAAGCAGUUUCCAUGUGAUGUUAAUUACUCGACUAAGGAUGAUGUCACUGUCAGUUGCAAUGGACGACAACUUAAAGAGAUUCCACACGGUAUCCCAAAGGACACAAAGUAUCUGCACUUAGAAGAAAACCACAUUGCUAACAUAUCCCAAAAGGCAUUUUGGGAUCUGCAAAACCUGACUCUACUCAGUCUUAAUUGGAUGAACAAAAAUUAUCACACAACACACACUGCUGAUGGUGCUUUUAUGAACUUGAUCAACCUCCAGGAAUUAAGGAUGAAUGGUAACGGACUGAAACAGAUCCCUAAUCAACUCCCAACCACACUGGAAAUACUCAUGUUAGACAAUAAUAAGAUCAUUUCCUUAAAUAAGAGUAAACUCAGUGGUAUAAAGAACAUAAUUAAAUUAUUUGUAUCUAAAAACUGUUUUUACGGGAAUCCAUGUGGAACAACAUCUUCUAUAUAUUAUGGAACAUUCUCUGAAUUGACUGACCUGCAGGAAUUGAGUUUGAACGACAACAAUCUAACCCAGGUUCCACAAGGACUGCCCAAAUCCCUGCAGAAACUGCAGCUUGCUUCAAACAAAAUACAAUACAUUUCUAGAGAUGAUUUCCAUAAUCUAACCAAUUUAAGGGUCCUUAGAUUACAGGGCAACUGCCCGAGAUGUAAAAAUGCCCCAUACCCCUGUGUGCCAUGCCCCAACAUUUCCCUGGAGAUCCACCCUGAUGCAUUUCAUGACCUUACAAAUCUAGAGACCCUACAGCUUGCAGGGAACUCACUUAAAAUUGUCCACAGCUCUUGGUUUAAGAGUCUGACUAAUCUUAAAGACCUUUUCCUUUCAUACAAUUUACUAUCAGCGGCCAUCUCUAAGGAUGUUUUUUUGAGUAAUCUACCAAACCUAGAAAGAUUGGACAUUUCAUUUAACUUUCAACCAGGUAUUUACCCUAAAACUAUACAUCUUUCAAAACAAUUUUCUACAUUUGUGUCACUUAAAACAUUACACAUAGAGGGUCUUGUUUUCAGGGAAAUCAAUGAUAAGUCAUUGGAACACCUUUAUGGGCUGAGAAAUCUAUCUGUGUUGAACGUUGGAACUAACUUCAUUGUCAGUUGCGAUUCCACGAUAUUUUCUAAAUUCUCAGAUCUGAGACUUAUUUACCUUUCAGAAAACAGGAUUUACCCAGUUACGGUGAGCGGCUCAUCACGUUAUAACUCAGGACGAAUCUCUGAAUCUGUUUCGUUUACACCACCUCUAUUAGAAUAUCAGUCAAAUCAAAAGGAACGUUCGUAUGAGAUAACUCACAGUUUUGUAAAACAAGAGUGUUAUGACUCUGGCCGUGUAUUGUCCCUCAGUUCAAAUAAUCUGUUUUUCAUUUCUCCAAAACAAUUUGAACCUUACAAGGACAUUGCAUGCCUUAACUUAUCAAGAAAUGGAUUUGCAGCUGCACCAAAUGGAUCAGAGUUUAAAUCGCUACCAGACCUAAAGUAUCUAGAUUUAUCCUUCAACAAAAUUGAUCUAGCCUAUGACAAUGCCUUUAGUGAAUUAAAGAAACUGGAGGUCAUAGAUUUAAGCUACAAUCCACAUUAUUUCACUGUUUCUGGAGUGACACAUAACCUAAACUUUUUAGAAAAUCUUCCAGCUUUAAGAGUAUUAAAUUUGAGUCACAAUAAUAUAUUUACAUUAACUACUAAGAAGAUGAAAAGCACAUCAUUGAGGGAGCUUCAAUUCGUAAAAAAUAAUCUAGGAACGCUCUGGAAAGAUGAAUCAUACUACAAACUUUUCCAAAAUCUUGUACAUUUAACAUAUCUGGAUAUAUCUUUUAAUUUUAUUUCAAGUAUACCAAACAAAGUGUUUAUACAUUUACCAAGUAACAUUACAAAACUAAGUUUAAGUCAUAAUUCACUAAAGGAAUUUCAGUGGCAUGAAUUGAAACAUUUCAAAGAACUUCGUGAAAUAAACAUAAGCUUCAAUUCUUUAGAUUAUGUGUCAGCAGAGCUUUCAAAAUUCACACAAACACUUCAGUUACUUGACCUGAGCUUCAAUAACAUUGCACAACUCUCAGAUGGAUUUUUAAAGGGUGCUAAAAGCCUCACGACACUUGACCUCAGCCACAACCAACUGACUCUGAUAAACCAGACAACUUUUUUAUCAAGUCCUGAAAAUUACCUGAAAAUCUUGUACUUGCAGGGUAAUCCUUUCCAAUGCACUUGUGAUUUAUUAGAGUUCAUCCUGUGGAUUGACAACAAUGAUGUUAAAAUCCCUAGACUUCCUAUUGAUGUCACAUGUUCCAUGCCAGCUGAAAGAAAAGGUGAAAAGGUCAUUUUCUUUGACAUACAGGAGUGUGUAAACGACAAUAUCGCUUUUUUGAUUUACUUCCUCUCGACAUCCAUAAUCCUUUUAACAAUGAUAAUGGGAAUAACGACACAUGUCUUUUACUGGGACGCCUCCUACUUUCUGCAUUAUCUGAAAGCUAAAUUGAAAGGCUACUACCCCUUGACCUCAACAGACAGUGCAUAUGAGGCUUUUAUUGCAUACGACACCAGCGACCCACAAGUUUCAGAGUGGGUUAUGAAUCACUUGCGAGUGCACCUUGAAGAGAGCGGAGAAAAACAUUUGCCUCUUUGUCUGGAGAACCGAGACUGGAUCCCUGGAACCCCGCUGUUAGACAACCUCUACACGAGCAUCCGGCAAAGCCGCAAGACCGUGUUUGUUCUAACUGAGACCUAUGUUACGAGUGGUGCCUUCAAGAUGGCCAUCUACCUGGCCCACCAGAGACUGCUGGACGAGAACGUGGACGUGACUGUGCUUCUGCUCCUGGAGCCUGUGUUACAGUACUCUCCCUUUCUGCGUCUCAGGAGGAGGCUGUGUGGGAGCAGUGUGUUAGAGUGGCCAAGGGCUGCCGCUGCAGAACCCUGGUUCUGGCAGUGCCUGAGGAAUGCUAUUAGGGUAGACAACCAGGUCAUGUACAGCAAUAGCUACUCUAGGUACUUCAGCCAGACAGAGGAGCAUUAGCCAUGACAUGGCAGGGACUGAGGUUGUGAAGAGGCUUCCUCUGAUUAACAUACCAUUGUUACACUUUUGCAUGUCCUUUUUUACUGUCAAAAUUCAGUUUUAGCGCUGUGUUUUGAAAUGUUCUCAUUUUCCUGAUACCUCAAACGUUUUAUUUUGUUAUCAAACUAUUUCACUUUUUUAUUUGAAGUAAUAAUGUAUUUCCAGUAUGUUCAAAUUCUAAUCUGCCCAUAUCUGUCAAUAUCCAAUAAUUGAUCAAACAUGCCUAAAUAAAUAUUUUUUCAAUUGUA